GGUACACUAAUGUGGUGUCUCAGGACCUACAAAAAAGUCUCUUGGAGCCAAGUGCAUUGUCGCACAGGAAGUCGGCCAUUUUGGUCCAAGUGCGCAAUUUAGUGGUUUUCGCACACGUUGUUUGGAGAGUGAUGCUCCGUCGCCCUUUUCACCAAUUGCCUUCACACUUCGGCUACAUACUCUUAACACAUAGAUGAAAAAAUUCAACCGUCGGAUUUUAAAUAAGUAUAAAGGUGUGGGCGUGGCUAAGCCUCAAACUUUGACCUGUCGCCACGCCACUCUUUUUUUUCACAGCUCCCUAUUGGACUCCUUUUAACCAAUCACCACCAAACAGUGGCGAAUAGCAGCAGACAAGUUGAGGUCACUUGGUCUAUAGUACUGGCAGGUUUCGAAUAAAGGCGGGGCUUUGGAAGAAUGGCGAAAUUCGCCAUCACGACAUGGAAAUACGUUUGUCUCUCAUUUCUUCAGUCAUUGUGACAUCGCCAUACAAGUUCUGAUGAGUGAUCCUACUCUGACCCCUAAUAGAAUUGGACAGCUGAAGUUUGUGGGCGUGGCCUAUUUUCUGAAACAGCGCCCCCUAGGACCAUUAAAACAGUCAGCCCCAAGCCAUGCUUUGACUGAGGAUCACAAAAUUUGGCACACUAAUGUAGUGUACCAGGACCUACAAAAAAGUCUCUUGCAGCCAAGCACAAUGUCGCACAGGAGGUCGGCCAUUUUGGUCCAAGUACUCAAUUUAGUGGUUUUCGCACACGUUAUUAGGAGAAUGAUAUCUCCUCGCCCUUUCCACCGAUCACCUUCAAACCUCUGCUAUAUACUCUUAAGACAUAGAGGAAAAAAUUCAACCGUCGGAUUUUAAAUAAGUAUAAAGGUGUGGGCGUGGCUAAGCCUCAAACUUUGACCAGUCGCCAUUACCUUAUUUGACUUAACAACUCCCAUGUGCAUGAUCAGAUCAAUUUCAUACUUUGUCUGUGUGAUCACUGACCACAUCUGAAGACAGUGACAAUGUGGAGAAUUGACAUCACCUAAGCCCCGCCCCCUGACUACAGGAAGUCAACUGUUUUAUGGUGAAAUGCCCAUAUUUGUUCCCUCUAAUUUAGUCAAGAUGACACUAAGGUCAUGCACUGUCUUCAUGAUGUUGUAAUGACCAUUCAGAUCUGAUAGCUUUUCAGAAAGGCAGGGGCUUUGAUGCCAUGGCGAUUUCUGACGUGACACUGUGACCUUACGUUUGACUGUAACUUCCACAAACAGCCUCCGACUUGCCCGAGACUGAACAUCGCAUCACCAGUGUGGUAAAGAUAGAGUAUCUCCUAGUGGUGAGACGUGUAAUGGUGGGCUCAGAGGGGAUGCUGAGUCAGGGUAAGGUGUGGACGAGGAGGCCGUUCACGGUUUCUGGUGUCGGGGUGGUUGACUUUCUGUUCCGCCAGACGUUCCCUGGUGCCCCCGGCUGCCGGCCAGGACGGAGAAGCGCGGAGCUGGGUUUGGAGAGCGUCGGGGAUGGAGCGGAGGGGGUGCGGAAGGAGGGCGAGCAGCUUCGCUGCGAGGGCCGAACGACGCUGCUUGCAGCUUUAAUUUAUUUUCUCCUCCUCUGGCUGCUACCAGCUGAGGCUAUUUGAGGCUCUGAUUUAGUGUGUAUUUGGAGUGCUAAUGAUUCACAUCCUUUCUGCGUUUGACAUUUUGUGGAUUCCACCAGGACGUGACGCUGGAUCUGGGAGCUGUGGUUUGUUGAGCUCCCAGACAAACUGUUGUUAUAUUUGUUGUGCACAACGUUGUUGUGGCACCUUCAUUCAUCCACCUGUGUCCUCUACUUUAAUCCUCUUUCUGAAUUAAAUCCAGCUUUUUAUGACAGACGGUCCACCUUUAGCUGUUUCGACCUUGUUCUGAUUUGCCCAGCAGCCCCACUUUUAACUUGCUGAGAAAUAUUAAAUUCGGUGGCCUGAUUUUCUUUCCAGGUAUUUAAGUCUGUCCGGGUGGGUCAUUGGAAUGUGAGGAAAUAAGCAUAGAAAAUGUCCUCUCUGGGAUGAUCUGAGGGUGGGGAAAGCUAUUUUUGACUGUGAGAAUUUGUCAUUCUUUAUUGUUUACUCACACUCGAAGCCUUGAGAGUCCAGAGUCUGCUCAGAUCAGGAAAGCAAAUAGAUAACAAGAGUUCAGCUGUUCAUUUCUGACCGAGAUUAACAGACUGUCACAUGAUCUGUGGAGACCAGCACAGCUAUCACCAUCUGCUCUUCACUUUUCCAACAGGGCAGAAGCUCUUUAGGGCAGGUGAUCUUCAGCGUUCGGACUAACAGGUGCGUCAGGACUCGUCCCACCCGUCGCCACUGGUCAGCACAUACACAUGCGCGACACCAUGGGCAGCUCCCCAGAGGUGCUCUCGUGGACUUCUUGCCCAAGCCUGUUGGUGGGGAAGCUGAAGGAGGAGCUUAAACUCACUGUGGUCGGCGACACCAUGAAGAAAUCAACCUCGCCCAAUUCCCAGCCUCCUCAGGUGCCCUUCUCUAACAUGCCCCCUCAGAUCAUCACAGACCUCGCCCCGCCGACCAACCUCCCCAUUCCGCUGCACACUCCCGGACAAGAUGACGACUCCAUGUUGGGGGGCGUCAGCCCAGGAAACACCGCCCUGAGCGUGGACUCGAUGCGGAGCGAGGGUGGACACUUUGACAAUAGUGUCCUUCAGCUGCAGGAGCAGGAUCAUGACGAAGCGGGGUCACCGGCGUCCUGUGAGCACGGUGGGUGUGGCAGCGGCGUGGAGGAACAGACGGGCGAAGGGGACUGCCCAGUGGACCAAAGCGGUGACGGGAGGCCUGGCCACCCGCGGCACCCUGACGACAUCAAGCUGCACUUCCAAAGAGCGGGACCCGGGUCCGGAGGCUUCCUAGAGGGGCUGUUUGGCUGUCUUCGGCCCGUCUGGAACAUUAUAGGGAAAACGUACUCCACAGAAUACAAGCUGCAGCAGCAAGACAUGUGGGAAGUCCCGUUUGAGGAGAUUUCUGAGCUGCAGUGGCUGGGCAGCGGUGCACAGGGAGCCGUCUUCUUGGGAAAGUUUCGCUCCGAAGAGGUGGCCAUCAAGAAAGUGCGUGAGCAGAAGGAGACAGACAUCAAACACCUGCGGAAGCUCAAGCAUCCCAACAUCAUCAGCUUCAAGGGCGUGUGCACCCAGGCGCCCUGCUACUGCAUCAUCAUGGAGUACUGUGCACAGGGUCAGCUGUACGAAGUUCUGAGGGCGGGGAGGAAGGUGACCCCCACGCUGCUGGUGGACUGGGCCUCGGGAAUCGCCAGCGGCAUGAACUACCUGCACCUGCACAAGAUCAUCCACAGAGAUCUCAAAUCACCCAAUGUCUUGGUCACCCACAACGACACUGUGAAGAUUUCUGACUUCGGAACAUCCAAGGAGCUCAGCGACAAGAGUACAAAGAUGUCGUUUGCGGGUACGGUGGCGUGGAUGGCGCCGGAAGUCAUCAGAAAUGAGCCAGUGUCAGAGAAAGUGGACAUCUGGUCGUUUGGGGUUGUGUUAUGGGAACUGCUCACGGGAGAGAUUCCCUACAAAGACGUGGACUCUUCCGCCAUCAUUUGGGGUGUUGGCAGCAAUAGUCUACACCUUCCUGUCCCCUCCACCUGCCCGGAUGGAUUUAAAAUCCUCAUGAAGCAAACAUGGCAAGGCAAGCCCAGAAAUCGACCAUCGUUUCGCCAGAUUCUCCUGCACCUCGACAUCGCCGCUGCUGAUGUUCUAGGAACUCCUCAGGAGACCUACUUCAAGUCUCAGGCAGAAUGGAGGGAGGAGGUGAAGAAGCAUUUUGAGAAGAUAAAAAGCGAAGGCACGUGCAUCCACAGGCUGGACGAGGAGCUGAUCCGUCGCAGGAGGGAUGAACUCAGGCACGCGCUGGACAUCCGGGAGCACUACGAGCGGAAGCUGGAGAGAGCCAACAACCUGUACAUGGAGCUUAGUGCCAUCAUGCUGCAGCUGGAGGUCCGAGAGAAGGAACUGAUGAAGAGAGAGCAGGCAGUGGAGAAGAAAUACCCCGGCUCCUACAAACGCCACCUGGUCCGACCCAUCGUCAGGUCCAAUGCCGUCGAGAAGCUCAUCAAGAAGAAAGGAAGCAUCUCCCACAAACCCGGAAUGCCUCCAACCAAAAGGCCGGACUUGCUUCGCUCUGACGGCAUCCCCAGCAUCGACCCCCUCCCUUCCCCGUCGCCGCUCUCAGCCAGCCCUAAGAUCUCCACCCCUCCUGGGAAAACGCGCUACAGAAGCAAGCCUCGCCACCGCCGCGCCAACAGCAAAGGAAGCCACAGCGAGUUUCCUGGAGCGUUAAAGCCUGUCCCUGGGGUGCCAGAGGACACACAGUCUUUGCAGGAACAAAUGUUCCACCACCACCACCAUCACCACCACCCGCCACCACCAUCCACUGAGGGGCAAUUUCUCCCCCUGAAAGGCCGCGAGGAGGCCGUCGUUAAUUGUGCCAACAAUCUGCGCUACUUUGGCCCCGCUGCUGCUCUCCGCAGCCCUCAGACCGACCACCCGCAGCGCCGCGUUUCCGGCUCCAGCCCUGACCUCAUUUCCACGGCGAUGGACGUAGACACGCGGCAGCGGACGUCAUCCACUGGCUCCAAUCCCGUUUCAGGUGCAGGUUCUUUGUGCCCCUGCUGCCAGGCUCACCCCAUCCCUGGCUGCUUGCACUGUCAGGAAACCCCUCCCACACUGAACCCACCGGUGUUGCCACACUGCUCUCUGCUUAAUGCACAAGAAGGCACUCAGUUGUCUCUGAGGGUGCCCAACAAAGAUUUGGUUUCAGGUGGAGAGGGCACGAAUACGGCUGACCCUCAGGCUCAGGACCCCACCCAACCUAAACACCCCCUCCCCUCUGCACUGCCCCGCACCCUCAGGCCUCUCAGAAAGGGUGGUGAUGAGUCAUCCGAGGAGGAGGAGGGAGAGGUGGAUAGUGAAGUGGAGUUUCCAAGGAGACAGAGACCUCAUCGCUGUAUGAGCAGCUUCCAGUCCUACUCCACCUUCAGCUCAGAAAACCUGUCGGCAUCCGACGGCGAGGAGGGGAACACCAGUGACCACUCCCACAGUGGCCCCCUGGAGAAGCUGAGCACCAGUCAGGAGGAGCACUUGGACGAGCUGCUGUCUCACACACCAGACAUCCCCAUCGACAUCUCCACACAGUCGGACGGUCUCUCUGACAAGGAGUGCGCCGUCCGCAGGGUGAAGACGCAGAUCUCGCUCGGGAAGCUGUGUUCCGACGAGCAUAGCUACGAGAAUCCUCUGCAGUUUGGAGACUCUGAGUGCGACUCGUCCGAGGCAGAGUGCUCCGACACCACCAUCAGAAACAACAAAAGCGGCGCUCCGUCCUCGUGGUGAAACGUUUCUGCCUGGUCUACCUCCGUUACAUACUCCUCCCAACUUCGGGCUCCACAGAAAACUCAGCAAUAAAAGUACAAGACAGCAAACUGAACCCUCCUAACGAAGUCCAACGUCAUCUCUCCCAGAACCUCUCUUCCCUCCGUCCCCUCAUCCAGCACCGCACCCAGGCAACACAUGGCAGGGAAAUCCUUUUGAAUGAUGAUGUACAGUCGAUAGAUUAGCAUUCUUAAUUUAUUUUUGUCAAGAGUUUUGAAAAGAAAUUCAGGACCUUUGUGAGUUCUCUGAUCUGAACAGAGGAGAAAAAUGACACUGAAACUAAGCGUGUGUGUGUUGGGAUGAAGAUGAGGAUGCAGACAAUGAUGAUGAUGAUGAGAAUGUGUAGAUGUUUCUGAGGCCAACAGAAGUAGAGAGCUGCAUCACUACAGGCCUUCAUCUUUCUACAUCCUUCAUCUCCCUAAAAACAAAAGAAGCAAUCUCUCUUAUUACUGUUUGAGCUGACUUGUUAUGAGUUCUCAGCGCUGAGACCUGGUUCUCCUCUUCCCCCGCUUUGUGUUUGUCCCCUACUGUGGCCGAAACAGGAAACGACGAUCUCAUGGAAACAGCGUGAACACCAGCAUGAACAACCUGCCUCCCAAACCGACUUCCUCCCUGUCUAAAGUCGCUGUUUUGUCAUCAGGACCCUCCUUCCCCAUUUAAGCAUGUCCGUGCAGCUUGCAAAAUGCAAAAAAGAAAAAAGCUUUACAACGAUGGCAUGAAGCAGAUAAGCUAGCAGAACAACAAAUGAUAAAUUAGCUGAAAGCUAAUUUAAAAACACUCUUCCUCUCUGAUCCUGCUUAUCUGCCUCUCUAAUCAAAAAUCUGAUGUCACGACCAGAGCAUUCGAGGGAGUUAUUGUUUGUGCAUAUGUGAACAAUAAGCCCCUCCCUCAUCGUUAGACAUUACAGUUUCAAGUCUCAUCUCAGGAUCGCUCGAAGACUGUGAAACUGAACUUGGCCAAUUAUGAGGGAAUGUUCGACAGCCCGAACCGGAAACAUGGGCUCAUCCAACUGUGGACCCACCACCCGCAGGAGGAACAUGAAGGGUCCGGUGCAAUGUGGAUCGGGUGGCAGACCGAGGCGGGAGCCUUGGUGGUCCGAUUCCUGGACAAUGAAACUGGUUAUUGGGACAUGGAACGUCACCUCGCUGGCGGGGAAGGAGCAGGAGCUUGUGGCAGACGUUGAGCGGUAAUUCAAAUUCAAAGAUAUUUUAUUAAUCCCAGAGGAAAAUUAGAGUUUCAGUACACACAAUUCAGAGAUCAGACAUACAUGGGUAAGACAUAUGACAAGAAUUGGUGACUGUGGUCAUUCGCAGCCCUCAGUUGCGCUACCUCUACCGGCUAGGUAUAGUCAGACUCACCUCGACACAUCGCAUUGGCUCUGGAACCCAAGUCCUUGAGAGGGGGUGGACGCUCUCCUUUGCUGGAGUUGCUCCGAGUGAGAGGCGGAGGGCUGGGGUUGGCUUUUUGUUAGCCCCAAGACUCUCUGUCUGUGUGUUGGGGUUUACCCCGGGGGACGAGAGGGUAGCUUCCCUGCGCCUUCGGGUCGGGGAACGGGUCCUGACUGUUGUUUGUGCUUAUGGGCCAAAUAUCAGUUCAGAGUACCCACCCUUUUUGGAGUCCCUGGGAUGAGUGCUAGAUAGUACUCUAUCAGGGAACACCAUUGUCCUGCUGGGGGACUUCAAUGCUCACGUGGGCAAUGACAGCUUGACCUGGAGGGGUGUGAUUGGGAGGAACGGCCCGCCUGAUCUGAACUCGAGUGGUGUUUCGUUAUUGGACUUCUGUGCAAGCCGCAGUUUGGCCAUAACGAACACCAUGUUCGAACAUAAGGAUGCCCAUCGGUACACUUGGUACCAGGACAGCCUAGGUCGCAGGUCGAUGAUAGACUUUGUAGUCAUAUCAUCUGACCUGCGGCCGUAUGUUUUGGACACCCGAGUGAAGAGAGGAGCGGAGCUGUCAACUGAUUACCACCUGGUGGUGAGCGGGAUCAGAUGGCAGGGGAAGAUGCCGCGUAGACCUGGCAGACCCAAGCGCAUAGUGAGGGUCUGCUGGGAACGCCUGGCAGAAGAACCUGUCAAGACGGUCUUCAACUCCCACCUCCGGCAGAGCUUUGACCACGUCCCGAGAGCAAUGGGGGACAUCGACUCCGAGUGGGCCUUGUUCCACUCUGCGAUUGUUGAGGAGGCUGUUGCUAGCUGUGGUCGCAAGGCGGCCGGUGCCAGUCGUGGUGGCAACCCCCGUACCCCCUGGUGGACACCAGAGGUUCAGGGAGCCGUCAGGCUGAAGAAGGAGGCCUACAGGGCGUGACUGGUCUGCGGGUCUCUGGAGGCAGCAGACGAGUACCGGAUAGCCAAGUGGGGUGCUGCAGUGGCAGUUGAGGUGGUUUGGGCAUCUGGUCAGGAUGCCUCCUGGACGCCUCCCUGGGGAGGUGUUUCGGGCAUGUCCUGCUGGCAGGAGGCUCCCGGGUCGACCCAGGACACGCUGGAGAGAUUACAUCUCCGAUCUGGUCCGGGAACGCCUUGGGGUCCUGCCGGAGGAACUGGUGGAGGUGGCCGGGGAGAGGACGGUCUGGAGCUCCCUAGUUGGGAUGCUGCCCCUGCGACCCGGACCCGGAUAAGCGGAGGAAGAUGACGACGACGACGAUGUUCUUCGACUGGCACCUAUUCUGGACCAUGCAGGAGUCUUAAAAAGCCUCGGUGUUCAGCCCUUUAUUGCUGUCACUGUUUUUGUUUGCGAUCCAGGUGCAGUAUCCCAGUUUUCCCAUGUAUCGUUUUUCUAGCAGGAUUGUUAACUCUGUCGGUUUUUUAUCAUCUGCUCUGUUGUGAAUUUAAACAGCAAUAAUAUUAAUGAGGUUGACCACUCAGGAUGCAGGACAUCUAGCUGGCUAGACACAACCACACUGAUGGAUGGCUCUGUCUUUAAGUUGCACCUCCCCCUUUUUUGGGUUUUGCCUUUCCGGCUUGGAUGCUCAGGUUUUCUAUUGCUGAUUGACAGCAAUAUGAUCAACAGCCACUAGAUGGUGAUAGCUACAUGCACUUAUUUUGCCUUUUUUUAUGUGAAAACCCAGAUUUUUUUUUAUUUAUAAUCCCAAACCGAGUUUCCCCCUAUGACCACUCAAGUCUUAAACGCCCAGCAAUAUGAACUUUUCUUCAUCUGAUCGUCUUCAAAGAGGGAUACUGCAUUUGUGAAAGCUCUUUUUGUUUUGUCAUUAAUUUCUUAAUCUUGUUUCAGGGUUACAUUGAACUAUAAAGGUGUCAUGUUGUGUGUGCAAGCAGCUGUGAAAGGAACUAAAGCCAGAGAAAAGCCCACAGAGCUAGAAGCUGCUCUUGGUUCCCACAUCUCAGUGUUAAUCCUACAUAUAAAAUAAAUGUAAAUACUGUGUAAUCUGUCUUUCCUCCCCACCUUUUCUCUUAUUAACGUAUUGCACAUCUCUGACAACCUGCUGACUGGUUGAAAAACAACAGAAAAGUACUUGUAUCAGUAUUGAACACUACUACAUGAAGGUGUAAACUCUUUUGCCGGUGGGUGAAUUAAAAUUUGCUUGAGCUUUUUGGAAUUCCUGCUAAUAAACUAAAGAGCUGCAGCUUCUCCGUUGUUUUAGUUCUUGUGAAAUGACCUCAAUUAAUGUGACGGCUGGGUAAUAGAUCUUUGUAACUGGUAUUUCUGGCUGUGAAGUAUGAUUGUUGUGAACUUUUAUUUUAUUCUUUUUUUUUUGUAGCUGGCCUACAUAAUUAUUGAAUUAAUUUAUUUGACACGACUGGUCAGGCGGUGUGUUCUUAUAAUUUCAGGCAGCUUCAGAAAUGUCACGACCAACUAUGUAGGGAAGCACAAUGAACCAGUGGGAAGAGGACAGUAUUUGUGUGGUAGAACAAAAGCAUCAGGGGACCGUUCAUCCUUUUUCUCUCAUCUCAUUCCUCUCAUUUAUAACCAACAGCAAUGUAUGAAACAUGUGUUUUUUUUCCAAAUCCCCAUUCCCUGUUGUAUGGCACUACGAUCAACCAAUCCUGUCAGUUUCCUGUAUUAUUCAGUGUACAGUGCAAUAGGAGAAUAAAAUCAAAGCAAACAACUGCAUGGAAUAAAUGCUGACGUACUGUACUCAAACCA